UGGGAUAGACCAAAUAAUGGCCACGGCCAUCUCAUUUUAGGGUGGAACAGUAUUCAUAAAAGUUUAAAACAUCACAUGAUAAUUCCUAAAAUAAUUUCAAAAUUGCUAAAUUUAAUGCCUUUUUAUACAAUUAUAUUUCUGAAUAUCUUGUUGUAAAGAGCAAAAGCCAAUACAACGCGAGAAAAUAUCGCAAAGUGCCCACUGUACAUCCACAUUGUUGGCCUUUCCCUCAUGAGUCUUGAUAUUUGGGUCAGCAGCAGUGGUUCAGUGACGUACGCGUAUGUAUACCUGCAUCUAUUCGUAUAGAUAACUGUAUUGGAUAUACUAGUGCUGUAUAACCGCCUUUCACCAUAACCCAUCAGCUGCCGGGUUCAGCCAAAGCGAGAGGGUUGCGCAGUAAAUCCCGGCACGAUCAGGCGGCCGCCAUGAGUGCCGCAGACGCGGAGAGACGGUCGCAGGGCGUCAUCGCGAACGAGGAUACCGGAGAGAGUUCGGAUGACCAGCUUCUGGAUGAACAGAAAGAUGAGGAGAGUGAUGCUGGAGACCAGCCCGACCCUGCGAACCCUCCUCCUCCCCAGGAAGGCUUAACUGAUACUGUGGAAAAAGCUCUGCCCAUCUCCUCAUUAACACCAAGAUGGCGGAACUGGGUUAUCCGGGGUGUGUUUGCCUUGAUGAUGGUGGUUGGAUUCUUCGGGCUGAUAUGGGGAGGGCCAUUUUACUUAAUCAUUGCAGUGAUGACCGUGCAGCUGAAGUGUUUUCAGGAGAUCAUCAGUAUUGGACAUAAGGUGUACCAGUCGCACGACCUGCCAUGGUUCCGCACACUGCAGUGGUACUUCCUCCUCUGUGCCAACUACUUCUUCUAUGGGGAGACCAUCACAGAUUACUUUGGCCACUUCCUACAACGAGAGGAGAUUUUCCGGCCACUCAUAAAGUACAGGAGAAUUGCGGCUUUCACCAUGUAUGUAACAGGUUUUUGCAUGUUUGUCCUGACACUGGUGAAAAGACACUAUCUGAAACAGUUUACCAUGUUUGGCUGGACCCACAUUACCCUGCUGAUCGUGGUGACCCAGUCCCACCUCAUCAUACAAAACAUCUUUGAAGGACUCAUCUGGCUGAUUGUCCCUGUUUCCAUGGUGAUUUGUAAUGAUGUCAUGGCCUACAUCUUUGGAUUCUUCUUUGGGAGAACAUCACUAAUCAAGUUGUCACCCAAGAAAACAUGGGAAGGCUUCAUUGGAGCUUUCUUUUCCACUCUGCUGUUUGGCUGGCUGCUGGCCUACUUCAUGUCUGGGUAUGAGUACUUUGUGUGCCCAGUAGAGUUUGGAGGUCCAGACUCCUACCAGACCAUGAUGGGCUGUACUCCUGCACCCCUGUUCCAGCUGACAGACUACACACUGCCAUCAUGGCUGCAGGGAAUACUGCAAGUGAUGGGUUUGCAGUGGAAGAUAGUCAACAUAUACCCUUUCCAGAUCCACUCCAUAUACCUGGCAACAUUUGCUUCCUUGAUCGGUCCGUUUGGAGGAUUCUUUGCCAGUGGCUUCAAACGAGCAUUUAAGAUAAAGGACUUUGCUGAUGUGAUUCCUGGGCAUGGUGGGAUGGUGGAUCGUUUUGACUGCCAGUAUCUCAUGGCUACCUUCGUACAUGUGUAUCACCACAGCUUCAUCAGAGCUCCAAACCCAGGCAAAAUUGUUCAGCAGGUUUUGGCGCUACGACCAGACCUCCAGCUGGUGGUUUUCAACAAGCUGAAACAACACCUGCUAGAUGCAGGUCUCGUAGAGAACAGCUGCUCCUCCUAGGGACCUCCAACGACUCUGCAGGUUCCAUGGCAAUAUGCUGGGGGGCAAGCAGGUAGCAAAGACCACCUUGAGCCACUGAUUUUAGAAUUUUUAUGUUAGACAAUAACUUUUGAAUUCUGGAAUAUUUUCCAAUUUGAUCCAAAUGAUACUUGCCCCAAAAUAGUCACUUGUUUUUUCAUUGAACCACACAUGUUGUAAAACUUUGCAUUUUGUUUCAUCUAAUGUCCAAGAAUUGUGACCUAAUAUUAUAUUAUAUUAUGUACAUGCUGUUGUUACUACUAUGUCUUUAGAAAUCACAUUAAUCUGUUAGUGAUAGAGAUCAUGAACAGUGCACAUUAGAUGCCUUCUGUAAUCUUGUUAGUAAGUAAAUGACACCAGCGUUGUGUCAGUGGUGAUGGUAUGUAACUGGACAAUGUAUUUGUGGGCUUGUACAUGUGCAUUAUAUAAGUCUUGCAUACCGGUAUGUGUAAAAAAAUGUACAAGGUGUCUAAUUUAAGUCAUGUAAGGUCAUGAUGAUUUGAUUAUAUGGAUGACAUGUGCACCCAUCAUUUUUGUCCACUUCUGGAAAAUUAAACAAAAUUGUCAACCAUACUAUAGUAUUAUAGAUUGUUUAAAGCAGCUGCAACGUGAGCAAAUACAGGGCAUGUGCCGAAAAUCAUUCUAGAAAAUAUUUUAAAAAACAGAUACUAAUGUCAUAGAAUGACAAUUGCAAAGUAGAAAAAGAUGUGAAAGAAAAAAUGAAGACUCUUUGGUAUACUUGUCUCUGUGUGUUACAGCCAUAUGUUCAACCUGCCUGAGAACUUAGAUUUCUUGUUUAAGGCAACUGUUUUUUUGGCUAAACUUUUUUUAAUUCACUCGGUUGCAUCACUUUCGGGGUUCCCAGAUGUCAUCCAUAAAAUCAAAUCAAUAUGGCCUAAACUGUACAAUAGAAGGUAAAAAGACUGAAUAUGACAAUAUUUUAGUUUAAACACCUUUUAGGCCAUUGCACUUGAAAAACGGGAAAAGUGAACCAUUAGUACAAAAAUUCAGACAUUUCCUCCAAUUUGUCAGUAGAGGAAGUUUUAAAAAAAAGUUGCAUUUCCAGUUAUGAUUUUUGGUAAGGAUUCUCUUUUUUUUUCAGAAGUGAUCCAAAAGAUACUGUUUAACAUUGUAAAACUAAAUUGCAUCAGGACACUGGUAUUUUCAAGAUCUAUAUGGAAAUACAUUGCACAAGCACACUUGUAAUAAACUAAACGAAGAGGUACAAUCACUUCCACAUGUAUGCUUACUACACAUUCCUACACCAAUUGUUCAAAGCAUUAAUCUGCUAACAUAGUGUGAAAUCCAAAAAGUCUAAGAAAUUCUAUAAUAUGAUUGGAUACUUUUUUUUCAAUUUUCAUCAUCCAGCUGUCAAAUUGGCUGUCGACCCAAAAAAACAGGGCUACUUUUUUGUCUGAACAGAAGCCAUUAUUCUGAUUGUCUAUGAUAUCAGUUUCUUUUUCCAAAUGUAAAAAAAAAGCAAUGACUAGUCUUAGUUAUUUGGUGAAUUAGGUUUUGAUGUGUUUUUGGUACAACUUGAAUCAUUUGUUGAUAUUUAUCAUUUUUAAUAUCUAAAUCAGUUUUUAAUGAUUAGAUUAUGUACAGCAUGUUAGGUACAUGUUGGUUUUUAUCAUCAUCGGCACAUAGAAUAUCUAACAAUUGCAGAACAAAUGAAAUGAUUCACCACUUCAAGUAUAUACCAAAAUAUGUAAGAACUUAGCAACUAUAAAACCAUUAUUGUAUGAUAUAUGAUAUUUUCUGUGACAAUGAUAUAAAGAUUAGUAUGCUCAGGGCUGUGCCACUGUGGUAGAUAUUUAUUAGAACAACAGUUACUACAACAGUUACUAUUGUCAAUCGUGCCAUUUGGAGGGAGAGGAGCAUCAAGAGACAAUUGUCUAAUGCCUUAGUCACAAUUAUAAGGGGGCCUGUAGGGAUGUAGCUGAUCAAGGCCCUGGCUGGGCUCUUGGUCAAUGGCUGCCAUGUUUAUGGUGAAAUUUGCCUUCACUGGGGUCCUUUGCUGUUUUGUUGACUGUUUGAUAUGAAUUGUAGAAUUUUGUUGCCCACACAUCAAAUAUACUGAAUUUUAAAAUCUCCAUUCAGAUUGACAUUUGUAACAACUUUCAACAUUCUAGGUCUGGAUUAGAUUAAGCAGGGAUGUGCUCAAGCCCCAUAACAGCCCCAUUGCUGCAAGAAGUCCCUCGGGGCCCAACUUGGAAGGGACAAAAAUGCAGCCCAUGAACUACAUGUACCCAGUGGUGGCCCGUUGCAGUUGUGAUCAGGGCAUAGUUUGGUGCAAUCUAUUGCUCCAGAUAAAGUAUUUCUUGAAAAAUGUGAGGUCUAUAUUUAUUAAUCAAUAAAGAAAAAGGAUGUGUACAUGUUUACUAAGCAGUUCUGUGGAAAGUUAAAUCCUAAAUGUACUAGUCAGUUAAACUUGAAAGUGACCAAAUAUUGCGCAUAAGUGUAUAAUGAAUGUACUUCUAUCUACAUAUUAGGGUGUAUUGAUCAAUGGAAGUUUAAAAGCAGUGAUGUAAUAAAUGUUUCAAGUGAAGUCA